AAGUCGCAGAAAGAUGUGUGGUCUGUGCGCAUUUAACCCUUUGCUCCUCAGUCGAGAUGCUGCCAUUGUGACAUUCUCCACGACAGCCCGCACCGCCUAGCAUACUCCCUCUCUUUCCGAGCUGCUAUUGCCAAAUCUGAAUCUCAAGUUCGACUCUUGUGCUAGCUCCCAUGGCCGCCCGACUUUUGGCCUCCUCAGCCCCUAAACCUGCCUUCCGUAUCUACCAGUACUCCCAACCCCUCCACAAACCCACAACCGCCUUCGCUCCCUCCCUCCUCCACCGCAGCACAAUCAUCAAAACCUCAAGAAAAACAUGCUUCACUCUGUGUGUGAUAAUGGACGACCAAAAGCAAAGUAGCCAGUUGGGAAAUCUCGUAGAUGAAGGUCCCGAUGGUAUCAAUUAUCAGAUCCCAUCGGUACGUGCGGCAGAGAGGUUGGCCAGGAAGAAAUCGGAGAGGUUCACCUAUCUAGUAGCUGCUGUUAUGUCUAGCUUUGGUAUUACUUCCAUGGCUGUCAUGGCUGUUUAUUAUAGAUUUUCUUGGCAAAUGGAGGGCGGCGAGGUGCCUUUGUCUGAAAUGUUCGGUACAUUUGCACUCUCUGUGGGGGCUGCUGUGGGCAUGGAGUUUUGGGCAAGGUGGGCUCAUAAAGCUCUCUGGCACGCUUCCUUGUGGCACAUGCAUGAGUCCCACCAUAGACCUAGAGAAGGACCAUUCGAACUCAACGAUGUUUUCGCCAUAAUCAACGCUGUCCCUGCUAUUGGUCUCCUCUCCUAUGGUUUCUUCCACAAAGGCCUUGUGCCUGGUUUGUGUUUUGGUGCUGGUCUUGGAAUUACAGUGUUUGGCAUGGCCUACAUGUUUGUCCACGAUGGUCUGGUACAUAAAAGAUUCCCAGUGGGGCCCAUUGCCAACGUCCCCUAUUUUAGAAGGGUUGCUGCUGCACACCAGCUUCAUCACUCAGACAAGUUCGAAGGUGUGCCAUAUGGUUUGUUUUUGGGACCCAAGGAACUGGAAAAAGUGGGAGGCCUGGAAGAGUUGGAGAAGGAGAUAAAUAGGAGAAGCAAAUCGUAUGAGGUUUCAUGAGUGAUAAGUGAAUGGGAACCCCUUUUGGAACGUGAAGAGUGAUCAUAAAUAUCAAUGGUUUUGAGGCCCUCAUUGUUUUUAUGCAUGGGCAGAGAGGAAUUAAGAACUCGGGGGAUUCUAGUCUCUAGAUGUGUGUCCCACUUCAAAGAAUAUAUAUGCAUAUAUAUAUAUAUAUAUGCACCCUCUUGUACGAAUCCAAUGUUAUAACUUUUGUGAAUAUAUUGGUCAGAAGUAUAAAACAAGCACAUGUACCUUGUUUUCA